AUGGUGGCAAGCUGCCAGAAGGCAGCCUGGCGGCUGGGUGUCUUCCUCGCCAUCUCUGCCCUCGCGCUUGUUCUCCAGCACUCCCGCGUUGUCGCGAGUAACAAAGCUAGCGAUCUUGUGUCGUGGCUGGAGCGCCGCCGUCACCGCGCGGCGCCGCCUCACGGCAAGGCUUCUGGGGGCGCGGGGCGAGGCAACACAAGCGGCAUUGUGAACGGCGACAACGCUAAAACGCCUUCUGCGGGGGGGGCAGCGGCGGGCUCGGCGAGUGCGCCAGGGGGAAAAGCCGCUGACUCGCGGCACAAAAAGCCGUCGCCCAACCAUGCGGCCGGAGGCGCUCCAGCGGCAGCGGGCAGAACGAACGCUGCGAACGAUCGCCCGAGAGAAGGCGCGGACGAUGCAAGAGGCGGGCGGCACCCGUCGCAGGACUCGGCAGGAGCACGCAGCGACGACAGAGCCUCACUGGGAGGCACGACCAGCGACCACGAACCCGGCUUCACGCUUGUCGGAGAUGCCCUGGCGCGCGAACAAGAACUCGCGUUCCAGUGGAAAGAGCAGCUCCACGGCCACCGGCACCCCAAACUUAUCAAAUCUUUCGCGGAGCAGAAAGCGAAGAAAAUGGUGCUUGUUCUCGACUGGCACACCAAGACAAUCGCGGCGACGAUGAACGGCCGGCGCCCCCAGGAUGAAGACGCCAUGUUGGUGCAGGCCCCUCUGAAAAACUUCCCCAACGCGCGGCUGAAGGCGAUCUUCGAUGGCCACGGAGGCUUCCAGAUCUCCCGACGCUGCGUCAAUGUCGCUCACGAGUAUAUAGGCGCCAUGCCAAACUUGUCGCAAGAGUCGUUCCGCGAGGCGUCUCUCCUCAUGGACGCCGACAUGAGGACCGACCAGCUGAAAGGAGGAUCUACAGGGUUGAUGGUAGCCAUUGAGAAGGUGGACGAUCCGCUGUCUGAAGACGGACUAUACUUCAGGAUAUACGCGGCAAAUGUCGGUGACAGCAGAGGCCUCAUCGUCCACCAGAAUGGAACCUUCACGAUAAUGUCGAGGGAUCACCGACCAACGGCGCUUGCUGAGAGAGAACGAAUUCGGAAGGCAGGCGGCUUCCUGCUGCGCCGUGUCGGUGUGUGGCGCGUUGAAGGGCGACUUGCACUCUCUAGAGCGUUUGGAGAUUUCGCUCUUAAGGACCGCGAUGACAUGGCCGCGAGCGAGCAGAAGGUUGUCGCGCUGCCAGACGUCAUGGUGUUUCGGGCGAGACCCGGCGAUAUAAUUCUGAUGGGUUGUGACGGUCUUUUCGAGCGGCCAGAGAUGAACUGGCAGUUCGUCGCUGAUCUCCUCAACGAAGAGCUCGAGAGGGCAAAAGGAGGUCUGGCAGAAGUGGCCUACCGGCUCUUGGAGAGCGCAUUCAUGCUAGGUAGCCGAGACAACGUUAGCGUCAUGAUCACGAAGCUGACGAAGAAGUCAGUGAAGACUGCAGAAGUCAAACGCUUCGACUACAAUUUCACAGGUGAACGAGUGGUUCUGCCUAGCGACUCGUUGCCUGGAAAGCCGACGGACAACAGAAGUGGUCGGUACGGUGUGGGAAGCGAUAUGCUGGUGACCCUAUUCUAG